AUGACGUCAAAUAUUCCAAAUUUAAUGACUAUUUGGUAUUAUGAUGGACACAUCUCGAUUGAUGCGCAACGUCAAAUGAAAAUACAUCUUCAUCAAACAUUCAAUUACUCUCGUAUAUUUCAUCGUCUAGAAGAUUUUGCUGGUUAUCUUGCAACUCCAAUUGUUCAACAUAUUAUUUUCAUUAUAACAAGCAAAGAUGCAAAACACAUCCAACGUAUCGCCCAACGACGUCGACAAUGUCUAUUAGUUUAUCAAUUACCAUUUGUCAAUCAGAAAUCUUCAACAUCUUUAGAUCCCGCAUGUAUGCAUUCGAAGAUAAAGACCAGUUUUGAUACUAUUAUUCAUGAUUUGAAUAAAGUCAAUUUAUCACCCGAGAGUGUUAAAGAUUCAACGCUCGAUAGCGAAACUGACAUGGAGGACACAACAUUACCGUUCGGUAUAUUCAAAUCAAUACCUGCACAACAUUCAUUUUGCUAUUUAAACAAAGAAUCGCUCAAAUUUCUUCUAUGUCAAUCUUUAAUUGAAAUAUUUAUCAAAAUGCGCUAUGAUCAAAAUGCAUUUAAACACAUGUGCGGUCUUUGUCGUAUGUAUUGCAAAGAGAAUCCGUCGGAGAUUGAUCAAUUUGAAGACAAUUAUCACCCAACGAAGGCCAUAUAUUAUUAUACUCGUGCCUCUUUUCUUUUUCGAGUUAUCAAUCAAAUAUUGCGACUCUAUGAUGUCGAUCGUAUUUAUCGAUUUGGUUGCUAUAUGGCUGAUCUACAUAAACAAUUAGAAGAUUUAGGUAAUAAACAAAGAUGUGAUUCGAAUCAAACUAUAAAGAAAGUCUAUCGUGGCAAAAAACUAUCCACUGAUAUUUUACAACAAUUAAAAGAUAAUAUCGGACAUCCUAUCUCUAUGAAUGGACUCCUUUCAACAACGGAACAUUGCGAUGUUGCAAGGUGUUUUGCCGGGAUGGAAGGUGUUCAAAAUGAAUAUCAGAGCGUGAUAUUUGAGAUGAACAUUGAUAACACGGCGAAGUUAACUACACCAUAUGCAAAUGUCUCAGGACUAAGUGCUAUUAAAGACGAAAACGAAAUUUUGUUUUUCAUGGGUUUUGUAUGGAAAAUCAAAUCUAUGGAAGAAACGACGCCUAAUCGUUGGUACAUUGUACUUGAAUCGUGCAAAGAUUAUGAUCCUGACCUGAUCACUUAUAUCAAAAAUUUAAAUGGUGACUGUCCAUUUUUAACCCUCGGCAAUAUUUUGCAGGAACUCGGUGAUUCUGCAAAUGCCAAAAAUUUUUACCAACUUAUUACCGAAUACGAGAGCUUCUCAGAAGAAACUCGUGGUCAUGCCCAUCAUAAUAUUGCGAUGUUAGCGGUUGAGCGGGGUGAAUAUAUAGAUGGACUUAUUCAUCUUCGCGAAGCAGAAAAGCUGAUUAAACAGACAACAACACCGGAUAGUAAAGCGCUUAAUUCUCCACGAUGUUUCUUUUCACACGAUAUCAUCCCAUCUCGAAUUCGUAUAUUGAACAAUAUAGGUCACAUAUACUUGAGACAAGGCAAGUAUGAAGCUGCUCGAGAUUGUUUUGCAAAGGCUCUUAACGAAGUAGGGUCCGAUAUUGAUAGAGCCGUGGUUCUAAACAACUAUGGUCUACUCGAAUAUGAAUGUAGAAAUUAUCAAAAAGCACAUGAAUAUUUUAAUGAAGCAGUUCAACUGGCCAAAAACGAUGCAUCUGUCACAGAGUUCAAGGAGAAUCUUGAAUUAACUAAAAAAAUCUUGCACUGAAACAACAACGAAUGCACAAACUGAUACUAUAGUCUACGACAAAAAUUUAAGCUAGAUUGGUUUUUUUAAUAUUUUUUUCACAUUUUUUUUAUUAUUUGUUU